UCCGGCGGCGGCUCUUACUGCGGUGCAGCAUCGUUCCUGAAAUUGCCGUUGGCUUCGGGGCCAAACGUGUAAUCCGCACUUUGGCCUUCACUGACUUAUCAGACAACUUUAUAUACUACGAGCCUAACGUUUAAGCGUCGGUGUUGUUUCUUUAACGCUCAGAAAGAGAAGCUGCAGCGAGCUACAGCCUAAAGAGCCGCGAGCAGUCAUCUUUAAAUCGCCACUGCGACACAAUCCAACAUUUUGUCGUCCUACGUGUCGCCACAGCAACCUGUAGUCACUUAUUAGCUGCGACUGCAUCGUGUCGGCUAGGGCUAAUACUUGCUAAACUAGCUAUGAGUUACCGAGGGGGUCCAGGAGGUGGGAGGAGGGGCAGAAGAGGAGGUCGGGGCUUCGGGGAUGGCUACAAGGAAAGGUGGGAGAGAGGAGGUGGAAGGGGACACUCCAGAGACUCGGACUUCGCUUCUCCUGACCGGAGCGAUGCGGGACAGGCGGACCGUCAUCCACCACACCUGAAGGGUCGUGAGAUUGGGCUGUGGUACGCCAGAUAUGGAGCCGUGAGAAGGAAGCAAACUGAUCGACGAUCGCGAGCUGUGGUCCAGAUGGAUGAGGCCAGAGAGCAACAAAUCACCGAGCUGCUCAAUUCUGUCCAGAAUGACCAUCCAGGUCCAGAGAGACACAGAAGAAAUGUCAGCACCUCUGCAUCUCACAGCUCUUCCUCACCUCUUGAUAAAGAUGGUCAUUGUUACUUUGAUGGUGACUUACCUGAAGAGAAAAAUGUGAAGAUUGAGGUCAAAUCUGAGGAGUUGGAAGAAGAAGUUUGUGCAGCACAGAAGAAAAUGCCUCAGAAGUCCCAAAGAUACUUCUCCAUGGAAGUAGUAAAAGAUGAGACACCAGACACAUGGGAUGAUGAAGAAGAACAGGAGAAGGAGAAAGAGAAAUUCAGAUGCAAAGAAAAAGAUCUAGAAUACCUGUUGCAGGAAGUAAGCAGAAACAAAACUCAGGAUGACGUUUUAAAGACAGAUCUGCAGCGCAAGAAAUCAGACCGCAAGUACCAGGAGAUGCUGAAAUUCAGGGAAAAACUACCAGCCUUUAAGAUGAGAGAGGAACUGGUGGAGUUAAUCAACUCUAACCAUGUCGUAGUGGUCAGUGGGGAGACAGGCUGUGGAAAAACCACCCAGGUCACCCAGUUCAUCCUAGACGACCACAUCAACCAGGGCAUUGGCUCACUGUGCCGUGUAGUCUGCACUCAGCCCAGACGCAUCAGUGCCAUCUCUGUGGCGGAGCGUGUAGCAGCAGAGAGGGCAGAAAGUGUUGGGAAUGGAAACUCUUGUGGUUACCAGAUCCGCCUGCAGAGCCGGUUACCACGGAAACAGGGUUCAGUGCUGUACUGCACAACAGGCAUUAUUCUCCAGUGGCUACGCUCAGAUCCACUGUUGUCCAGCAUCAGCCACCUGGUACUGGAUGAGGUCCAUGAGAGGAACUUGCAGUCUGAUGUUCUCCUGGUCAUUGUCAAAGACCUGCUCAGGGUCCGGCAAGACCUCAAGGUUAUCCUCAUGAGUGCCACGCUCAACGCUGAGAAGUUCUCCAAUUACUUUGGCAAGUCUCCUAUGAUCCACAUCCCAGGGCUGGCAUUCCCUGUGGAGGAAUUUUUACUGGAGGAUGUUGUUGAGAUGACAAGGUAUUAUCCCCAGAAGCAGGACCGCCGCCCCUCAUGGAAGAAAAGGUUCAUGGAGGGACACCAAACCAGACCUGAGAAGGAGCAAAAAGAGGCUGAAUACAAGGAGAGCUGGCCUUGCUAUGCAGGCACACUACAGGGCAAGUACUCUGACAACACUAUCGAGGUGCUGGAGAUGUUGGACAAUGACGAGAAGAUUGACCUGGAUUUGGUCCUGGCACUGAUCCGCUAUAUUGUCCUCAGCGAGGAAGAAGGAGCUAUCUUAGUUUUCCUGCCUGGCUGGGACAACAUCAGCAGUCUCAAUGACCUACUCAUGGCUCAGCAGAUGUUCCGAUCAGACCGGUUCGUCAUCAUCCCUCUUCACUCUCUGAUGCCCACUGUUAACCAGACCCAGGUGUUCAAAAGACCCCCUCCUGGAGUCAGGAAGAUUGUGAUCGCAACCAACAUAGCGGAAACUAGUAUCACGAUAGAUGACGUGGUGUAUGUGAUCGAUGGAGGGAAGAUUAAGGAGACCCAUUUUGACACAAAAAACAACAUCAGCACCAUGGCAGCUGAGUGGGUCAGCCUGGCCAAUGCCAAACAGAGGAGGGGCCGCGCUGGCAGGGUGCGUCCGGGGAAGUGCUACCAUCUAUACAACGGUCUCAGGGCCAGCCUGCUGGAUGCCUAUCAGCUGCCUGAGAUCAUGAGGACGCCGCUGGAGGAGCUCUGCCUGCAGAUCAAGGUCUUGAAGUUGGGACAAAUAGCAGAGUUCCUGAGGAAAGCCUUGGACCCUCCUACUGAAAAGGCAGUCGGUCUGGCCAUCCAGCACCUUAUAAACUUGAAUGCCCUGGAUCAUUCAGAGAAUCUGACAGCCCUGGGUUUCCACCUGGCUCGACUACCUGUGGAGCCCCACAUCGGUAAGCUGAUCCUGUUCGGGGCACUGCUGGGCUGCCUCGACCCCGUGCUGACCAUCGCCGCUUCACUCAGCUUCAAAGACCCUUUCUUUAUACCUCUGGGCAAGGAGAAGCUGGCGGACAUGAGGAGAAGGACCUUGUCCAGAAACUCUAAAAGUGAUCACCUCACUAUUGUCAACGCCUUCAAGGGCUGGGAGGAGGCGAAGCAGCGUGGUGCCAGAUGUAAAAUGGAUUACUGCUGGGACAACUUUCUUUCAGACAAUACACUCCAGAUGCUACACAACAUGAAGGGUCAGUUUGCUGAGCACCUCAUGCGGGUAGGCUUUGUCAGCAGCCCAGACCCUAAAGAACCCAAGUCCAAUGUCAACUCAGAGAAUGAGAAGUUGAUCAAGGCGGUGAUUGUAGCUGGUCUGUACCCUAAGGUAGCCAUGAUCAGGCCACCCCACAACAAGAAGAGGCCAGAGGUGAAGGUCUACACCCAGACAGAUGGGAAGGUCUGCAUCCACCCCAAGUCUGUCAAUGCUAAUGAGACCGAGUUCAACUACACCUGGCUCAUCUACCACCUGAAGAUGAGGACCAGCAGCAUCUUCCUGUACGACUGCUCAGAGGUGUCCCCAUUCUCACUGCUGUUCUUUGGGGGAGACAUCACCAUCCAGAAGGACGAGGACCAGGAAACUAUUGCUAUCGACAAGUGGAUCGUCUUCAGGUCCCCCGCCCGCAUAGCUCACCUCGUCAAGAGUCUAAAGAAAGAGCUGGAUGGCCUGCUGGCGGAGAAGAUCAGUAACCCGGCUCCUGUGGACUGGCACAACCGUCAGUCCAAAGACUGCGCUGUCAUCACAGCCAUUAUAGACCUCAUCACCACCCAGGAAAAGCCCACAGGAAGUACCAACACCGAGGGCCACGGCAGAACAUGGAAGUCCACCCGAGAUGAAAACGACGAAGACAGUUAGAGGUGUGCUCUGCACCAGGCUGAGACCUGAAGAAAUUGUGUU